AUGAAGAAAUUAUCAAAUACACGUGCGUAUUGCGAACUACUGCCAAAUAUUUGUCAAGUCACCAUAUACGUGACACUCCCCCAUUGUUCCUUAACACGAGACUGGGGCGAUGAGAGUCCGGCACUGUGUACCCUUGAAGUUACUCAGGCGCGAGACCAGAUCCUUAUAUCCUCCGAGGGCCAAAAGCAGCUUCUUCGCCUCCCUGCGCGGCUGUCUUUAGCAUCCCUUCGAAUGUCGCCGGUUAUUCUAGAACGAGCCAAUAAGCAAUCCCAUGGGACUUCCAAGCAGGAAGACUUAUUAUUUCGUUUCCCCGUUAAUGAGAUCGAUCGUGAUAUGCAGCCCCCUGGUGUCCGGAUCCCAUGGUCUGCAAAAGAGAUGUCACCAGAAACACGGAUAAGAUGUCGGUUUUGUGGAAAUAUGCUAUUAGCGGCUGAGGGAGCCAAUGAAAUUGAAUGGAAGGACUUGCCAAGUGCCAACUGGGCAGAGUUGAUGGACAUGUGGCAUUGCCAUAAACCCGAUCCCGUAGCUACCGAAGAAAAUAGCAUCGAGUCACCAAACAAAGUUGAUAUACUUGCCCACAGCAUCAGCGCGGACGCAAAGGGAUACGGUAUGUCCAAUCGAACGGUUUGCCAACUCAAUACGGUUUUUGUGGAUGUUAUGAACUUUUAUCUAUCAAACGCAAAUUCCAUCGGAGUAGAGAAUGCAUUUCUUUCUGCAGAUAUACCAAGACCUACAUAUGCCAGUCAGGCAGGGCAACCUGAGGCACGUGUGCAACUACGUUGUACAAGCUGCCGGAGAAUAGUUGGCGAGAGGCAACCGUCGAUUCAUGGAGUUGCCCUAUCGAAGUCCGAUUCUUCAAUAGCGAUGCUAGACGGCUCUGAUGACAAAAAAUUGAUGCCAGGGGAAGUAUGCUCGGUAGAUGAAAUAAUAUCUGCGCAGCUGUUAGAGCAGAUUGAGAGAACUGGCGCUAGACGUUAUAUUAUUCAUCCUGAUGACGGGAAAACUACAAAUAGCGGUUUGUUGAUCUGGGUGUUCAACCCUAACCUCCGCUACUCCUAUCUCGGAAAAAAAGUUACCGCCCAUGAUCGAAAUGGGGCGGAUGGCCUGAUUGUAGUAGAGGCUCAACAAGCGAUCAAGGUGUUUUACAGAUCUAUAUCUGAUAUAUCGACCCUACUUAAUCCGGAAAUUGGAGUCGCAUCCUUGACCUCUUUAGAAGAACUUCCACUCCCGCCACAUAUUUACGAGGAGAUAAAACAGGUAUUAGUUGCAAGAAACGGUCUUCUACCAGAUUGUGCGAAAAUAUUUAAGGAAUGGGAGGUGAGCCUGCUGCAUAUCAGUGGAAAUUGUAGCCUCCCAAAAUAA